UCACGCAGUUUCACACGUUCAUUUACGCCGCAACAGCAGCGCAUCAUCCGGACAGACAGAGAGACGCGCCGCGUGGAUCCGUCGUGAGACAUGUGUGUGUGUGCGACCUGGCUCACUUCACGCCCCUGUGUGUUGGCGUCGCGAUUGGCGCAGUGAAGCACUCACGGCUCCUGGCAUGGGCAGUGUAGGGAGCGGUGCGUCAAGUCAAAGGCCCAUCACCAUGCGCAGCGUGGGCACUCGCACGACUCCUAACGGCCCACUGGCGGCUGCACCACCUCCUAACUCCGCCCGCCGACGAUUGGAUGACCGCAGCUUUAGCGCCGACCGAAUCCCCGGUCCAAGCACUAAGGCAAAGGGCGUCUCCGCCGACAGCUACAAUGCCGAAAGAGAUUAUCACGGCAACACUCGCAGUCACGGGGACUCCGAACGUACCGCGCCUCACAAUGCUAAUCGCCAGCAAACGGUCAAUGGCGAGAGGCUGGUGUCGAACACCAUGUUCACCAAUGGUGGGUCACGGAGGGAAGGUCACUGGCGCGGUGAGAGUCUGGACUUGUGUGGUAACAACAUCGUGCUUAACAACGACAAAAACAGCAGUCAUCAAGUACCAACACAGCACAAAGAAAUGAACAAAACCAAACCCGAUACUCAAAACCCACCCAACAUCCUGCCGGUCUCUGGAAAACUGGAGCAUGCACAGACCAACGACUCUCUGGUGCGUCCAUCAGCUUUCAAACCCGUGGUGCCCAAGAGCUUUCACUCCAUGCAGAAUCUGGUGUGCCCCCUUCAGACCAGCUCAGGGACAGGCGGGGGUCCGGGCAGCAGUGGCAGUCAAGGCAGCGGAGGAGAGAAGGGGAUCCAGAGCGUGUCUGGGGCCCAGUGGGAGCAGGACAGUCCCAGCAGCCGAGGGACGCACACCGGCGCAAACAGGCCCGGGCAGGGCUGUCUUUCCGAUUCCGGGCGGAACUCCCUCACCAGUCUGCCCACCUACACGGGGUCAAGCUACGGCCCUCCACCCGCGCUCGGCCCGCUCAGUGCCUCCACCAGCCAUAUCAACCGGCUGGGCACUGUCGCCCUGGAGAAACUCGAAAAACCAGGUUACCAGAACGGGCUGAGUGCGUCUGACAGCGGCCGCUCCUCCUCAGGCAAGAGUUCUUCAUCGUAUCAACGCCUAAGUCACCUGAGCGACGCUUCUGCACCUCUGAGACCUUCUCCGUCCUCAGAUGAUGUCAUUCAAGACCUGGAAGACCGUCUGUGGGAGAGAGAGCAAGAGGUGAUCCACAUGCGGCGUAACCUGGACCAGAGCGAGGCGGCCAUCGCGCAGGUGUUUGAGGAAAAGCAGCACGUUUGGGAGCGUGAGAUGGAGGAGUUGAGACAGAACUAUGCCGGGCGUCUGCAGCAGGUGACCCGACGGGCUCAGCGCACACAGCAGGCCCUGCAGGCGCAGAUCAGCCAUCUGCAGCAGGACAAACGCAGACUGCAGGACGAGAUGACUCUGCUGCUCGCUCAGAGAGAAGAGCUGGAGAAGAAGUGUUUGGACUACAGGAAGGAGCAGGCCGACAUCCUGCCCAGACUCGAGGAGACCAAGUGGGAGGUGUGUCAGAAGGCCGGUGAGAUCUCUCUUCUGAAGCAGCAGCUGCGUGACAGUCAGGGUGAGGUGACACAGCGAGCUGGAGAGAUGGUGGCACUGAGAGGCCAACUGAAAGAUCUCAACGCCCAGCUGAGAGAGAGAGAAGAGGCCGAGAUCAGCCUGAAAGAGUCCUUCUGCACAAAGACCCUGGAGCUUGAGCGCUGCGAGGCCGAACUACAGACCAUGCUGGCAGAGGUCACAGUACUGAGAGACAAACUGAGCGCGUUUGAGACAGAAGUCAGCCGGCUGAAGAAAGCCCUGAGUGAGCUGAGCUGCAGCAGUGCCAGUCACGCAAGCGAGCCAAGUUUGGCUGAAAUGGGGCAGCUGGUGGUGUCCCACAGCCAAGAGCGCCUCCUAUCCCCUCUGAGCCCUCCGGAGACGCCCACAUCUCUCCCUGCCCUCCCUCCUCUCACCCCACUGCCCGCCCUGCCUGCUCCAGACCCACAGCUAAGUGACGAUUCCAAGGUCCAGUGGCAGGAGUCAGGCGACCUGCGGCGACAACUGGAGCGUCUGCAGGGCGAGCUGCGUUUGGAGCGGCAGCAGCGCAAGCGACAGGCCAUCACCUUUGCGCAAGAGCGCCAAACCUGGCAGGACGAGAAGGAACGGGUGCUGAAGUACCAAGCGCAGCUGCAGCUCAGCUACGUGGAGAUGUUGCAGAAGAACCAGGCGCUGGAGGACCGCGUGGACAAGCUGGGAGUCCAGGACGCCACUCCAUCCCUGGUGCCCCCCGUGGCCUCACAGGAUGUCCCCACACCCGUUUCUGUCUCUAUAUCGCUCACCUCCCCCAUGUCUCCAGCAGAGGAGAACAAGAUGCCAGAUAUGCACCAACUUGCUCCGCCGUGGCCGGUUCCGACUCGACUGGAGAGGAUCGAGUCGACGGAGAUCUGACUGUGGCGAAUGUGAACUCGAUGAUGCAGUAAAACCUGUAAAGUCCUGAUCACACUCGCAUUCAGUACAAUCCAAAAAACAAAUGGUGACAGCUUCCGAGGACUGUCCAAGGAUGCCAUGCUUGUUUGGGGCAGGCGUUUGGGUUGAGGGCUGGUUUGUUGGUUGGUUAUGCGCAUGUGUGUGGCCUUAUGAGCUGGUCGAGGGCUAGUUUGUUGGGUUAGGGUAGAGGAGCUGGCCCCAAGUCAGUAGCAUAGAGGAAAUAUGUGACACUCAGGGGUUAAGGGAACAGGAAUCACCAAAUCAGAUUAUAGAUGAAACUGUUUUCACAGCAAAAAAAAAUUUUCUUAUCAAGUAUUUUUGCCUUGUUUUCCAGUAAAAAUAUUGAAACAUUCUUAAAACAAGAUAAAUUUACUUGAGAACCAAAAUGACACAUAUAUUUAGAUAUAUUUUGCAAUAUUUUGUCUUGGUUUCAGAGAAAUCUAAUGAAAUUUGGUAGGGUUUAUGCUUAUAACAAGAAAAAAGUAUUUACCAAUGGGGUAAGAAAAAAAUUGGGUUUAACUCGUUAAGCUCGGAUUGGCCCAUCUGCGAGAAAUAAAUAAUCGUCAAAAUAUGAAUAACUACAGUCUUGACCAACACAAAAUAGAUAUCGUUUGAAAGCUUAGAAGAUCUACUUUCCAAUGCAUGUAGACAUUAUGACCAAAACUGAACAAGUGCUUUGAAAUUUGCAGAGAAAUCAGAAGUGUUCCAUUUUGAAAAUGUAUUUAAAAAAUUGCACUGUACAUAUUACUGCAAUCAGUAAAAACAUCAAACUGAUCAAAUAGCCAUGUGUCAUAUGUUGUUGGAAAGCUUUUAAAGAGUAGAAUACAACCAGCCUAUUUGUUUUACUCACAGACAAAAAUAUAGCGAGUAAAAGUAUAUGUCUUUGACAAUGAAGUUGGUGUUACUUAUAUGCUGCGUUUUUGUUUAUAACUUCACAAAAAAUAAACAGAACAUAAAUAUCACAUAAUAUUACUUAGAGGAGGUGAUUAUCUUUCAAACGAGCCCACACACAAGAUAAUCAGAUGUACAGAUCAUUAGAUAAUCCACAUGAAGCACAAUGUUACAUAUGGCCACCAGGAGAUGGCGCCAAAUACAUGACACAGACUCAAUGAUGACUCAAAUGACACAGAAUGAAACACAUUCUGUGAAAUCUCAUUAAUAAAAUCAUGUCUGCAUGCUAUGCAAACCUUUAGUCAUUGUUGUGUUUGCAUGUGUAAUUAGUUCUUAUGUACAAUUAUUAUGUUUUAUUUGUUUGGAGAUGCUUUUGGACAUAUAGAGCCAUUUUUGGACACUAUGAUAAAUUAUUUUUGUAAUGCUUUGAUUGCUUUGUCGUAUCAACAAAAUUUUGAUCAGAUACAGUUUUUUGGAGCCACCUUAUUUACACCCAGAGAUAUAUGUAUAAUGUCAAAUAAGUGAUUUUUCAGUAGUUUCUUAGACUGAGAGUCUCAGAUUGUAUCAUAAUCUAUAUCAUAAUUUUUUUUUAAAGUGUUCUUUACGAUGAUACCAAACACUUAACUCUCCUUAUUUCUUUUGUUGAGCUAUAAGCCUUUAUUUUGGGUAUGCCACUGGCACUGAAAGAGUAAAUCUAUAAAAACACCUUCAGAGUUUAAAGGGUUAAAAGAAAAGCAAGUUUAUUUUUCUUACCCCAUUGGCAAACAGUUUUUUCUUGUUUUAAGCAUAAACCACACCAAAUUUUGUUCUAUCUUUCUGAAAACAAGACUUAGUAUGUUUAUCAGAUGUUUGUGACAACAAUUAGAAUUUGAUGCUUUCCUCUUGAAGAUGCAAGUGUGCUAUCUGAGCUAAUCUGAUAAACAUCUUAAAAAGAGCAGAUUUACAUACGUUCUAAACCAUACAUGUCUCAAAGACAUCUACUGAACGUCUAUUUGAAAUUUGAGAGGAAACGUGUUAUAGACAUUUGGCAGAUGACCAAACAAUCUUAAAAAAAAAAAAACGUCUUCCAGAUGAAAACGCACACAUCAGACAGAUAUCUGGGUAAUGUACGUGUGCUCUCUGGGUACUCUGUGGACAACUGCUGCCUGCACACAAACAAAACAACAGUUAUGAGGUUAAAAAAUGCAGGAAGUUUCUUAAAUAGAAACUGUAAGUAGACAGAAACUCUCCCAUGGUGCUUAGACACAACAAAUUGUCACGUUUUAGAAAUAUUAGGACCAUAUCUUAGUGCCAGUCUCUAGAGAGUUUGGGUUCUGUUGAUAUUUGUUGGAUUGAAAGGCUAGAAACAUACUCUACGCACGUACAGAGAUGCAAAUGUUUGGCCAACUAAUUGCAACCGUGCAGUCAUGAUGUGCAAACAUUUGCAAUACUCUGGCGGUAACACAAGGGGGCGAUAGAGUUUCCUUCAAAUGUCUGUACCAUUAAAUUGCAUAUGCUAUGAUUCAGGUAGCUGCUAUAAACAUGUAGACAGUUUAACCAACUUUAAAUAUCUUGCUCAGCAAGAUUUUCUUCAAACAGUGCUCCACCAUGACUGUGGUUGAUCUAAAAGAGAAAACUCUUAACACAAUGACACAUGAAAUCGAACUCGCGUAACUGGAAGUGUUUGCGUUCAUGUACUUGCGUUGAGUAUAUUUCAGGCCUAAGGCCUAGUAUGGUACCGAGGAGCGCUCAACCCUUCUGCUCUAUUGCCCAAAGCAGAGGCGGAGGACGUAUAUUCAUUUCAACUCAGAACGAACGUACUGUAUCACCUGAAUUUUGUUUUUGCCCUUUUCUAUGUUUCGAGCAAUGUAGAGUGCAAUAAAGCGAGAGAUUGAGAUUUAAAAAAUAAGUGAAUAUAUUAGUGCACCUGAUACUUCGGUCACAGACCAUGUUGCUUUUCAUAAAGGACUCGGUUGUUGUGAACAACUGCUAUAUAUAGAAUGAGGUUUGGAUUAUGAAGCUGCUAGACAGAGGGAGAAAUAGACAGCGGCUGAGCCAAAACGAGGAUGAUUGUAGACGUUUGAGGAGUGUGGUUUGGAUCAAGACUGAGACAGAGGCUGUGUUCUGAAUAGCAUACUAGCAGUGUUGGGUAAGUUACUCAAAAAAGUAAUCCACUACAAAUGACUAAUUACAUCUCUUAAAAUUAUAAUUAGCUUACCAAAUACUUCAGAGAAAAAUAAUUGCAUUACUAAUUACUUAAAUUUUAGUUACAGUCUAAAACACUCAACAAAUUCAAUGUCUAUAUAUAAUAAUGUCUCUAUAUAAUAAUACCUAAAAAAGCAAACAGACAUACAGUACUAGAGGUAGACCGAUAUAUCGGUUUUACCCAAUUAAUCGGUGCCGAUAGUUGCCUUUUGGAACUAUAUAUAUUAAUGUCAAAAAAAGCAAACAGACAUACUAAAGGUUGACCGAUAUAUCGGUUUUACCCAAUUUAUCGUACCGAUAGUUGCUUUUUGGACUAUAUAUAAUCGUGUCUAAAAAAGCAAACAGAUGUACUAGAGGUAGACCGAUAUAUCGUUUUACCCAAUUAAUCGGUGCCGAUAGUUGCCUUUUGGAACUAUAUAUAUUAAUAUCUAAAAAAGCAAACAGGCAUACUAAAGGUUUACCGAUAUAUCGGUUUUACCCAAUUUAUCAUGUUGAUAGUUGCUUUUUAGAACUAUAUAUAAUAAUGUCUAAAAAAUCAAUCAGGCAUACUAAAGGUUGACCGAUAUAUCGGUUUUAACCAAUUAAUCGGUGCCGAUAAUUGAUUUUUGGAAUUAUAUAUAAUAAUGUCUAAAAAAUCAAACAGAUAUACUAGAGGUAGACCUAUAUAUCGGUUUUACUGAUUAACCAUGUCAGUAGUUGCUUUUUGGAAUUAUCGGUUAUCGGCAAAAAAUGUGCCAAUUGUUGCCGAUAGUUUUUUUAUUUAAUUUUUUUAUUCCUCAUCUAUAAACCUCAUCUGUUAAAAUAUAUUUAAACAAAUCUUUUUAUCUGUUGAAUAUACAGGCUAUAAAAAGCUUCAUUUGUAAAAUACAUAUAGAGCAAGUGUCUGUAAUUUCAAAGCAAGAGUCCCCGGUGUAUUUUUUGCACCACCUUAGUUUUUGUUAUCGGCAAAAUCCACUAUUGGUUGACCUGUAAGAUGUACAUAUGGACAAUGCAUUGUACACAAUAUUAGAAAUGUUACAUAAAUAAUAUCUUUCAAAAUGACUACCUUAAUUGAAAGUCAGCAAUUGUAAUCUGAUAACAAGAAUUUAAAAUACAAUGCAUUACACAACUUUUUGUAAUUAGACUACAGUAACUAAUACUCUGUAACACUGCAUACUAGUAUGUAUAGUGCCUACAGUAUGCAAAUCUUUUGUAUGCAUAGAAUACCAGAAUGAUCUACUACAGCACUUACUGCUUACUGAAUACUGUGCAGAAUGCACUGUAUACUGCAUACUAUUAUGUCCAAUUUCUAAAUUUGUGCUCUGUUGUAUACUGCACUUUUUGGCAAAUGUAGGUCAUGCAGGAUAUCCAUGCAUACAGAAAAUUCACAUACUUUGCACAAAGUACCUACUGCAUACUUCAGAACUUCAGUACGAUUAGUAUGUUAUUCUGAACCUAGCCAGAGAUUUUGACAAAUCGACUACGGGCUCUGACGAGGGACAAAAGCGGUUUGCUAUUUUAGUGCUAGCAUUUUUUAAAACACCUUUUGUCACAAAGUCUUUAGCUUAUCCUGUAAGCUAUAGAAAUUUAAUUUAACCAAAUCUAUGAAUUUCUGCCCCACUGGGGUUAGCAGGUCUUUAUUUAAUAUGCAUAAUACCUCGGAUGAUCUAUUUUUUGGCUACUGUAAAGCCACAAUUUUUAUGAUACUGUUUUUUAUUUAGUCAUAUCACAGCACCAACAAGUCAGAUUCCUUUCUUUUGGAAAUGAAGAUUAUCUGGUCUGUCCGUGCUGAAAUAAAAGCAAAUCAGAGCUGAAACAAGCACAAACAAUUAGUCUAAUUCAGCCAUACACAAGCUGCAUUCAAGUUAUUUAUAUCCCACAACCUAACGCUAUAGAAACGCAAUAGAAAUAUUGAUGUGGGAGACUUCAGUGUCGAGUAUGGCUCGGCUCUUCUGUGUUUUCUGAAUGCUUGUGCCUCUUAUUUUCUCUCAUUAUUAGAGUAAUGCCAUAUUUGAGAUAAUCAUCCCAGUUCCAUGGGGCUUUAUGACACUAGGUGUUAUAAAAGAGACAUACCGGAUAAAGCUUUAGGUGGACGCCACACCUCUGCUGUCUUUGGCUACAUUGCUGCUAAGUGCUUUUGUUGUGUCCUGCUGUAUUCUUGUUAGAGACAGAGGCAAAGUCGACUGCAUGUAAAUAUCACCAUUCCUGAUGUGUACAGAACUAUUCUAUCCAAAUAUACCGAGCUAAUGCGUGUGAAUACUUUUGUGAAGUAAUGACACUGACAUGUCAGCUUUUAUUUUUCAAAGUAUUAAUAUAGGAAUAUAAUAUACAUAUAUGAGUCUUAAAACCUUUAAUCGGCUAUAUUACUGUAAAGUCAUACGUUCAAGAGUCCUAUAUGUGUUUGCCCGUUCUCUAUCAGUUCUGGAAAUGUAUGGGUGAGCAAUAUGCCACCGAGGUUUUUGUAAACAUUCAACUUUUUCUUUUUUCUUUUUUCAUCUUUCUUUUUUUUCAGGAUUUGCUUGGGAAAAGCAUAUCUUAGCAAAUAUUAAUGUAAAUAAUAAAGAUGUGUAUAUGAAAAAUUA